AUGAGACAGCGAGCACAGACAGCGAGACACUCUAGCUUUUCUGCGUCUCUUCAUAAAAUCUCAGCUUACCUAAAACCGCCAAUAACAACAGAUACACCGCCGGCAACUCUCUCUCUCUGCUUCAACUUCCAAUUUUCAGAAAUCGACGAGGAAGAAGAUGGAGGAAUAAAAUCAUCGAAUCCAGAUAUCUCACAAGCAGUUAGCAAUGAAAGCAAAGAACCCAAGCCUGCCGAUGAAAAGAAAGAAGAAAAGCGAGAAGAAAAGAAGAAGCCACGUGUCCAUCCGACAAUGCAAAACCUUAAUCUAGUCCGUAGCAACUCGUCUACAAGUCUUUCAAAAGCGGAAGCCGUUGAAAAGUAUUACGAGAGAAAUGCGCAUACUGUAUCAGGGAUUCACAAGAAUCAGGAUACUUUUGGACAACUUCAACGGAGAUACAAACCGAAGCAAGAUGGAGUCAGUGUGCUGAGUAGUCCUGGAGCUCUGGGGGAUACUGUAAUCCCGACGAAACGACAUUUCGAUAGAUCGAUGUAUUGGUUCGCAUUUCAUCGGAAACAAAUUGGAUUGAGACAUAUUUUGGUGGCGUUUAUGGUCUUGUCGUAUACGAUUUUCGGAGCAUUCAUGUUUUGGACAGUGGAGAGUAGAUAUGAACGGGCGAUCACCCUUGAAAGAGUCACCAAUCUCGAGGAACUCCUUGGAAAAAUUGCUGAAAACAUUACUGAAAUAGUGAACGAUCCGAAUACAAAUACAACGGAAUCUGAAAUGAAAGUGUACAUUAGAGAAGCCUAUGUGACACUGAUGAGACUGGAGGGACAGUACAAAGGGUCCACGUAUUACAAGCUAGAAGACCACGGAAGAAAUUGGAAAUGGACGUUUGAAAGUGCGUUCUUCUUCAGUAUGAAUGUCUACACAACCACUGGAUACGGGUCGAUUGCACCGGAAUCCACGCUCGGACAGUUUCUGGUUUGCAUCUAUGGAUUCAUUUUUGUGCCGGUUACACUGGUGGCUCUUCGAGAUUUGGGACAGUUCUUUUUGGUGCACUUGACGAAACUUUAUGCUCAGUUGAAGCAGCGGAUGAGAGAACUCAACGGUGACCGUACUUUGGAUGUCAAUGAAAUUAUCCAAAUCCCAAUCAAAUCGUGCCUCCUAUUAUUAGCCCUCUACCUAGCCUUCUGCACCCUAUUCAUAAAUCUCUACGAUGAACUGAGCGGCCAACAACCGGGAACCGGAAUGUCACUCUUUCUCUGUUUCUACUUCUCAUUUAUCUCUUUGAGUACGAUCGGUCUCGGUGAUAUCAUGCCAAAUAAUGCUACGUUCUCUCCAAUCAUUUCGAUAAUGUUCUUCUUCGGUAUGGCACUCACCAAGGUCGUCAAUAGGAACACUUUUAUUGCGGUGGAGAAUGGAAUUUUUGGAGUCCUCACCCUCGUCGAAAACAAACUCGAUGGAAUAGUCCGUCGUGGAAAAGUGAUCCCAGAAGAGAAAGAGCAACAAAAACCACCGAAACUCACACCUCGAACACCACCUCAUAUUCAAAGAGCGUUGAGUGUGGAGGACUACGUUGCUGCUCAGAGAGAAAAUACAAAUGAAGUGUUGAACAACUUCACUGUCAGAUCUAUCGCCACAUUUAUGAAAUCGAAUACGGAUAUUUAUGGAGGAGGAUUCGGAAGAGUUCAAUUGAGAAGAGGAGAUCUGAUGGGAAGUGAUCAUCAGAUGACGACGACUUCAGUGGAGCAUAAAGAAUCAGGACAUCAUCAGGAUUCACAAGUCUAA